AUGGACCUUUCGAAGCAUUGGAGCUUUUCGGGAAAGAUCAACUUGAAUGCCAAUCACUGCAUAGCCUCCUUCCCAGGUGCGAGACCAGAUGCCUUUCAACGAGCACUUUCACUAGUGGCACCAGAAGACGCAUGCUCGUGCGCAUGUGUCAUGUCCGGUCUGGGCGAGCAUGUGGAGAAUCCUGACACGCCCGGCUUGUGCUGGUGCCAUCAUAUGAAUGGGAACAUUGGUCCACAAGAUUACCUCGCCGUUUUUGAUAUGGCAGAUGCACAUGCAGCGGCAGAGAAGCUGGCGAUCACCAAGGCAUUUACUGACACCAUGCAUAAAGUUUUGCUAGUGAAGGAUAAGCAAAACCUGACUGACUGGGAGAAAGAGAAAUCUGAAGCCCUGAAUGAAGCUCGCCUUCGCUGCAGUGCCAACGCCGGGAAAAUUCCACAAGGAUGCCUUGGGUUCGCGCGCUGGAUGGCGAACAUUGAAGAAGCCGUGAAGCUGCGACAAAAACUUCACGUGUUCUACUUGGAGGGCAAGGUGGGUCGCGGCAAGGUCCCGUGGAACAAGCUCUGCGAUGCGAGCGCCUGGCCAGACCGCACUUGCAGUGGUCUCGGUGCGAUGCAAACACGGGAGGUUGCCUACCUGGACAUGCGGGGACUGCCAUAUGAGGAGCACGAUGUCAGCUGCUUCGGUGGUGCCAUGUUUGCACGUCUUUGCGGCUCAGGCUUGGGCUCUACGCGCAUCAGUUUCCCGGGCAGGAUCAACGUGAGGUCUGGAAGAUGCAUCGUCUCCUUUCCUGGCAAGUAUUCUAAAGAAUGGGAUCAAGCUGUCUGGGCAACGACCAACGAUAAGACCUGGGCAACAAAUCCUGAUAAUGUGUGUUCGUUAGCGUGUGUGUUCCUGACCCAGCGCAAGUCGGGUCUCGGCCAGCAUGCAAAGAGAACCGAAUUCCCUGGUCGCUGCUGGUGUCAGGAGAUCUAUGGCGGUUUCUCGCCGCAUGCAUUCCUCAGCAUUCUUGAUAUGGCAGAUGCCGACGCAACAGAAGAGAAGCGGGCUCUCAUGGCUGCAGAUGCCCUGGCCCUGGGCAAGGUCUUUCUAGUGAAGGACAAGCAAAACGUGACCGAAUGGGAGCAGGAGGAGUCCGAUGCCCUGGAGCAGGCUCGCCUUCGCUGCUGCGAGAACGGUGGAAGGGCUCCAUGGGGGUGCCAAUGGUUUGAAGAGUGGAAGAGAAACGUGGAGCAAGCACUGAAAUUGGGACAAGAGCUUCAUGUUUUUUACUUUGAGGGCAAGAAGGGCUGUGGCAAGGUUCCAUGGGACAAUCUUUGCAACGCGAAGGCCAAGGUGGAGGCUCAGAAGGACACCGGCCUUGGCACAUCACAGACUGCCGAAGUGGCUUACUUGGACAAGCUGGGUGUGAAAUACAAGGAGCAUGACAUCAGCGAAUUCGAAGACUUCAUGUUCAAAGGCUUCAGCGGCAGUACGAAGGUGUCCCUUUGA